AGCCGGACGAAAAAAAAGAAAAAAAACCCGCUUCGCUCUCGUCCAGGGCCACACGGGGGCGACUCCAUCUCCUAACCCUAGCGGCCGGGACAAGCCCGCGCGGCCGACGGCGUCCGGCGGGGCAUCUUUUUGCGGCGUCCACGGGGUGCUGGGCGGCGGAUCCCGGCGUGCUUCGGCGGUCGCUGCUGCGUGUGAGGACGACCUAUGCCUCCGCUCUGCCUCCAACGAGGUGCCACCAUGGAGGGGGAGGGGGCGACGACGGGAAGGGAGAUCUCCUCGGUGUUCCUCUUCGGGCAGAAGACGGCGAUGUCCUCCGCCUGCUCCUCGAGUGGCAGUGCCGGAGUGGGAGACGGCUAAGGUGCUCCCCGACCUGGCUCUGUUCCUCGCCCAGGUCGUGCCAUUCUACCCAGAUUGCCUCCGCCCUCAAUCUCCCAUUCCUCUCCCGCUCUCACCGUCCCCGCCUCUCCCGCCGCGGCGAGGAUCCAUGGCGACCGGCGCCGCCGCCGGGCGGGCGUCGGUGCGGCCCGUCGACAGGAACGGCGCGGCGCCACGCGGCAGCGCGCGCUCCAAGUCGGUCUCGCCGCGGCGGCCGCCAUCCCCCGCCCGAGCGCGCCCCGCCGCCGGCGACCACGACGGCGCCGCUGAUGUGUGCAGAGUAAGGGUCGCGGGAAGGAUCCGGCCGAAGAACGCCGAUGAACUAGCUCAGGGCGCCGACUUCGAUAAUAUUGUGGAGUUGCAGCCUGAGUUCUGUUUGUUCUGGGUGGCAGGGGAGGGUGGGGAUGACGCUCUCCAAGUGCUGGAUCUGAAGGCCGGAGGUUGAGCUAAAUGCCCCAGUAUUAUUAUUUUGUGGAUCGGCUCCACCAACGCCUCACCAAGGCGAAGAUAUUCGAGGAGUACACAAUUCCUUGAUUAUUGGCAGUAGUGCUCCAAAUUUCUAUAUGCGGUACUUUAUACGGUAAUAUUAGCUUGCUGUUAUGCAUGGCUAGCUCACAAUACAUUUAGUUGAGCAUAUACAACAGGAUUAUCGUACUACAAGUUGAUUGCUGCAUUGAACUAAGCCCUGCUGAAUAUAUGUAUUAGUGAUGUAAAAUGUUAUCUAGCCAUUAUUUGCAUUAGAAAUUAGAAAAUAUAUUUAUGUAGCCUUUCAAAGGUUUAUGAACUGCCGAGUGAUGUGCUCUUUUAUUGUUCUUAUUAUUUCUUGGUGAAUGUUAACUAAUGGACUGCUAAGUAUGUAGGAAAAAAAGACAAAACACCAGUUCUGUAUUUCAUUGCCUGUUCUAAGCUGCUAAGUUUUUGUGUUGUUGCCACUUAGGUACAUGGUUGUUGAAGAACAUAGGUAGUGCAUCCUAAUAUAUUGGUUUUUACAAAAAAAUACGUUUUUGGUAUAUCCUCUGAGUUAGAUAGUACAUCAUACUGACUUGGAGGUCCUUCAUCCAAUGCCACGCACAUAUUGAAAUCCGGCCAGGGCCAUAUCAUAACACACUCCCAUAAAUUUUAGAAGUUUACCAUAUAUAUCAGUAUCUGGUUCCAAACACUAAACUUACUCUUAGAAGUUUGCUGCUCAUCACUUUCUCGUGUUCCCAUGUAGAAUGUUGAAUUAGCUCUUAUUCUGUACUCCCUCGGUUCCCUAUUAACUGACUCUGAUUUAUUACAACUUUUUACUAAAUCAGAGUCAAUUAAUAGGGAACACAGGGAGUACUUGCUUGCUUAUAUCACACCCUUUUCAUGCUACCCCCUACAAAAAAAGAUUGGCAAUUGAAAUUCUUUGGACAGUUAAUCAACAGUUGACAAAAAACAUUCAACCUCCUGUCGACGAUGUCCAGUCUUAUUCACUUGCAUUUCUUUUCACAUUUAAUGACAUGACACUUUCCUUUGAAUCUUUUACUAGUUCAUUGCUCUCUGAUCUGCUUAUAUUUUGAUUAGUUUUUAUUUAACCUUUUGUUGUGUAGAAUAAGAUUGUAUAGGGAUCUGUCGAUGUCGAACUAUUCUUAGAGGCUGCACUUGGUUUAUAUUAUGGAAAAGUAAACAAACCUGACAGGCUAAAGGUGAUCAUUGUAUUGCUUACUGCUUAGGGACAUGUUACAGUUACACAAUCAAACAUGAAUUGGAUUUAUUGUGUUCUCAGCUACUCAACUUACCUCUAAUUCGGAACAUACAUUCUGUAGGCUCUUUUACUUCUUGCACGCUCCAUUGAGGCAGAUCCAAGCACAGUUAUUAUGUGGGUGUUUUAUCUUCAUAUUUACUAUCAAAAGGAUGAAGGACUUGGAACAUUUUCAGUGAACUGGAGGGUGGGUGGAGGGCGGAGGGCGCGCUCACCGGUGCUCUGACUUCAUGCUCGACGAGGAAGAGGGCUUGGCGUCGGGGACGUGAACCUGGCUGUGGCGUCGGAUGCAUGGCGCAGCUGGCGCAACUUCCUCUGGCCGCACGAUGAGGCAUCUGGCCGCGCAGCGAGGCAGGGCCCAAACUCCAUGACAACUUUCUUCCUCGGCGGCAGAUGAACCAUGUUAUUCAUGAUGAGGAGAUCAACCCUGUUGUGUAUUUUAUCUAAUGGUUUCAAACCAUUUUGUUCAUGAUGUGGAGAUGAACCCUUUUGGUCAUGUAAGUUAGAUGUCUGGAUUGUGAAUCCUUGAAUGUUUCAAAAUGUUGGUUUCAAAUCUAGAUUGCUUGGAAAUAUUGGUUUUAAACAUUGCUUGA